AUGACGACGACGACGACGGCAGCAGGCAGCGCGCAGACGGCGGCGGCGUCGAUCCUCAACCACACGGCACCGUCCUACACGUUUCGGUUCUCCCCCUUCCUCCGGCAGACGUACCAGGUCGGCCUCCCGGCCGACAGGCCUGUAUGCCGGGCCUUCCAGACGGGGACGUGCCCGAACGGCACGCGCUGCCAGGAGCGACACGUGGCGCCUGGGACGACGAACCCAGCCUCCACCAUGGCGGAUGGCUUGGUGUGCAAGCACUGGCUGCGCGGGCUGUGCAAGAAGGGCGAGCACUGCGAGUUCCUGCACGAGUACAACCUCCGCAAGAUGCCAGAGUGCAACUUCUUCAUGCGCAACGGCUACUGCUCCAACGGCGACGAGUGCCUCUACCUGCACGUGGACCCUAUGAGCCGUCUGCCACCCUGCCCGCACUACGACAUGGGCUUCUGCCCCCUCGGCCCGCGCUGCGCGAAGAAGCACGUCAGGAGGAAGCUGUGCCCCUUCUACCUGGCCGGCUUCUGCCCCGACGGCCUCGUCUGCAAGGCCGGCGUGCACCCCAAGUGGAGGAAGGACCUCGACAGGCCCAGGGCCAGGAGCGAGGAGCGCAGGGAGCAGGAGGUCUAUGCUGCUGCUGCCGCGGCCGCGGCCGGCACGCCGGAUGACGAUGCUGCUUCUGCUGCGAGGGAUGACUACUUCCCCGGUCAGGGACAGCAGGGCCAAUUCGACGGGAGGUUCGGCGGUGGCGGGGGCGGCGGUCACAGGGGGAGGGGAGGGGGCAAGUGGAGGGGUGGUGGGGGGAGGGGACGGUUCAGGGGACGUGGCCACUGA